UACCUACGGUGAGGUUCAUGCAAGGUGUCAACCACGAUGCGUGAAUAUUUAAAGGAGGAAGGUCUAUACGGAGUUGAAUUGAAGCAAGCGUUUCCUCUCUCUACUCAGAAACGAACGAAAUGGGCCUUGACUUGUACUUGAACGGCGUUGCUCUCGUUGUUGGUGCUGGCUCCGGUAUGGGUCGUGCCACAGCUCUGGCUUUCGCAGAGGCUGGGGUCCGUGGCCUGAUUUUUGCCGAUAUCAGGGACAAAGCCGCCGCUGAAGUCGCUGAGGAAGCCAAGGCGGUCGCGUCCGACUCCCAAUUCGAAUCCUUCGUUAUCCAGGUCGACAUGGGUGACGAAGAGUCCGUGAAGAAUCUCAUGGCCAAGUCAGUCGAGAAAUUUGGACGUGUGGAUUAUUGCGCAAACAUCGCUGGUUCAUUUGGUAGAGAGAGGAAGCCGUUCGCCGAGACCCCGACGGAGGAGUGGUUGGCGAUCCAACAGACCAACAUUAACGGUGUCUUCUUCCUCGUCAAGGAGCAGAUCAAGAUCAUGGAAAAGCAGGAGCGUCUCGUGACGCCAUUGACUUCAGAAGCACGCCCAGCAGAACGGGGCAGCAUCGUUGUGCUGUCCUCCGCUGCCGCCGUGAUCGCUGUCCCCGAAGGUGGUGCUUACACCCACACCAAAUUCGCCACGAACGGUCUGACCAAGGCAGCUGCCCAGGACCACGGAAAGAAUGGUAUCCGCAUUAACGCGAUUCUCCCUGGGUAUAUCUUUACGCCGGGUUUGGCUGCAUUCCCUGGUGCAACUCCGGAGACGGCCCAGAGGAUUCUUGAUAACAAUGCGCUCCAUAGAUUUGGAGAGCCGAGGGAGAUUGGCGAUAUGGUAGCGAUCUUGAGCAGCCCCAGGAACAGCUACAUGAUUGGCGCCAGCAUUCUUAUUGAUGGCGGCCAGACUAUCACUGCCGAGUAGAUUGGCGAGCCACUUAAUAUUGUUAGACCCGCAUAUCUGUACUAUUAAUCACAUAAUGACCAAAACUUGAACAUGAUGCGUACACGUUUUCUGGGGAUC